UCUUGGUCCGGCAUCUUGGCCUCGUGCCGUUUCGAGCCCGAACGUGUAAACCUUCCAACUUUUGUGUUAGACAUCUCUGACCUAGAAAUAUGUAAAUACCACCUCUAAGCUUUCUUUCCUUUGUUAGACACUGGGUAGAUAGACGCUCGUAGCUUGCGCUAUCGGACAAACAGCUUUCGACGAGUUGCUCCUGUAGCAUUUCGAAGAUGCAGCUCAACCCGGUGAGCUUGCUUGUAGCUGCGCUUACUCUUCUCUCCCCAGCACUUGCGACGGGACACUCCAAGAUCCCAUCCCGUCCCAAUGUCGUACCAGGUCCUUAUAACGCCGGCAGAGCCAUGCCACGCUCGCCUCCGCGUGAGGAAGGGCGGUACUGCCAUGUAAAGCAAGGAUGUAGCACGAGGCGCGACGAUGCACCGCAUAUACUGCAAGCCCUGCAGGAAUGCAACGACGGUGGCACCGCGGUAUUCGACAAGUCGUAUCAAAUCGGCUCGCCGCUGGAUCUUAAUUUUCUCAAGCACAUCGAUAUUGCCAUCACCGGCUCCAUCGCUUUCGACGACUCUGACGUAUACUACUGGCAGAACAACAGCUUCAAGUACGAGUUCCAGAACCAGAGCGUGUUUUGGAAGCUCGGUGGAGAGGACGUCAAUAUAUACGGCGAUCUAACUCUGGAGGAGGGCAAGAGUGUCAUUGAUGGGAAGGGCCAGGCGUAUUGGGAAGAGUUGCAGACUAAUAAGGCUUUGUAUCGGCCUAUGCUCUUUGCCUUCGACGGCAUGAAGGGGGCCACCAUGUCGAAUCUGCGGAUGCGCAACCCGCCAAACUGGUUUAAUAUCAUUGCGAAUAGUUCCGACAUCGUCGUUAGCAACAUGGAUCUUCGCGCAGAGUCUCUCAACGGUGUGGAGAUUGCCAACUCGGAUGGCUGGGACACCUACCGUUCUGACCGAGUAGUGAUACAAGAUUCUUUUAUUCGAAACACUGAUGACUGCGUGUCCUUCAAACCAAACAGCACCAACGUUGUCAUCCAAAACUUAGAGUGUAUCGGCUCGCAUGGUAUUAGCAUUGGUUCCAUCGGCCAAUACGUGGGCCAAACGGACAUAGUUGAAAACCUGCACAUAUACAACAUCUCUAUGACCAAUGCUAGCGAUUUUGCGAGAAUAAAGGUGUGGCCUGGCGCUCAGACUAACUUCCAGACUCAUCUCGUCGGCGGUGGAGGAUCCGGCUACGUCAGGAAUGUCACUUAUGACCUCCUCCAUAGCAUUAAUAACGACAGGGCUAUCACUAUCACGCAGUGUUACGGACAGAGCAACAAGACAUUAUGUAAUGAGUUCCCGGCCAACUUAACUAUCGAAGACGUGACCAUGAAGAAUAUAUACGGAACGACGUCCACGAAGUUGGACCCGCAAGCAGGCUCGCUCGUAUGCAGCGCACCAGACCGGUGUAGCAAUAUCAAAAUCGAAAAUAUUACGGUCACGGUCCCUAGCGGAGAGUCUCCUGUUUACGAGUGUAGGAAUAUGGACAACGGCUUGCUACAACUAACUUGCGUUGCGGAGUCCGAAGAAGACCGGGAUACCAAGCAAGGUUAAGGGGUGCAUCCUGUCGUAUGUUUGAAUAAAUAAUGAAUAAGAGGAUAUAUUUCUAUAGUGUUGAUGAGAAGGAGAGCAAGCAUAAACCAGCCUGUUCUUGUAUGCAAAUUAUAUAUAUUGAUAAGACUAUAAUGUAAAUAAACUCAUUGCAAC